UAUUUAAACGACACACUCGCACCACCACCUGGAAUCUAAACCUCUCCCCUAAUUGGCCACCCAUCUAGCUAGCUUCUGACUGCUUCGCUUUCCACCACGAAUCCCACGCGAGCUACCUCUGCCACCAUGGCCAGCAAAAAGGUGGUAGAGGAGUACUACGACGACUACGGUGUCGACGCCGAGGGCAGGGCGACGGCGCUGCGGCCGACGGCGCUGGCGCGGCCGCACACGCAGGCGUUCCACCUGGCGUGGCUGUCCCUCUUCGCCUGCUUCUUCGCCGCCUUCGCCGCGCCGCCCAUCCUCCCGGCGCUGCGGCCCGCGCUCGUGCUGGCGCCGUCCGACGCCUCGGCCGCCGCCGUGGCCUCGCUGUCGGCGACGCUGGUGGGGCGGCUCGCGAUGGGCCCCGCGUGCGACCUCCUCGGCCCGCGCCGCGCGUCCGGAGUGGCCAGCCUCGCGUGCGCGCUCGCGCUGGCGCUCGCCGCCGUGUCCGCGUCCUCCCCCGCCGGGUUCGUCGCGCUCCGCUUCGUGGCGGGGCUGUCGCUCGCCAACUUCGUCGCGAACCAGCACUGGAUGUCGCGGGUCUUCGCGCCCUCCGCCGUCGGCCUCGCCAACGCCGUCGCCGCCGGGUGGGCCAACGUCGGCAGCGCCGCCGUGCAGGUCGUCAUGCCGGUCGCCUACAACGCCGUCGUGCUCCGCCUCGGCGUCCCCGUCACCGUCGCGUGGCGCGUCACCUACCUCCUCCCCUGCGCCAUGCUCAUCACCACCGGCCUCGCCGUGCUCGCCUUCCCCUACGACCUCCCGCGCGGUUGCGGCUCCGGCGCCGGCGGAGGUGGCGGCAAACGGAAGAGCUUCUGGGCGGUGGUGCGCGGCGGCGUCAGCGACUACCGCGCGUGGGUGCUGGGCUUCACAUACGGCUACUGUUACGGCGUCGAGCUGAUCAUGGAGAACGUGGCGGCCGACUUCUUCCGCAAGAGGUUCCGCCUCCCCAUGGAGGCCGCGGGCGCCGCCGCGGCGUGCUUCGGCGCCAUGAACGCGGUGGCGCGGCCGGCCGGAGGGGUCGCCUCCGACGAGAUGGCGAAGCGGUUCGGGGUGCGCGGGAGGCUGUGGGCGCUGUGGGCCGUGCAGAGCGCCGGCGCGCUGCUCUGCGUGAUGGUCGGCAGGAUGGGCGCCGCGGAGGCGCCGUCGCUGGCGGCGACCGUGGCCGCGCUGGUGGCGUGCGCGGCGUUCGUCCAGGCCGCCUCCGGCCUCACCUUCGGCGUCGUUCCCUUCGUCUGCAAAAGGUCGCUGGGCGUGGUGUCCGGCAUGACGGCGAGCGGCGGCGCGGUGGGGGCGAUCGCGACGAACCGGCUCUUCUUCAGCGGCUCCAGGUACACGGUGGAGGAGGCCAUCUCCUGCACCGGCGUCACCAGCCUCCUCUGCACGCUCCCCGUCGCGCUCAUCCACUUCCCGCGCUACGGGAGCAUGCUCUGCGGCCCGUCGCCGACGAUCGACGGCGGCGGCGGCGGCGGCGAUGAUCACGACGACGAUGAUGUGGAUGCCGACGAUGAUUACGUGCUUCUGAAAUGAAAUGGGAAGCUUCUUCCGGCUCUGUGGACAUGUCUCUGUUGUGUGUAUGAUGUUUGUGUACGUAGGAAACGAAAAGGAGGAGGAUAGGCAAUUUAGCCAUUUAGGCCCCUAAGUUUCGCAUUUGGGUCUGUUUGCUCGUUGAUUAUGGUUGUGGAACCAUCUCUAGUAUAGUUUGUGAAUAUGAGAUGGUUGGUUUUACUCCAAGCUCUAUCGAACAUGACCAAUGUGAUGGACCUAUAGAUCUAUAGAUUUAAGAAAAAAACAUCUACUUUGCCUCCCACCCGAUUUUUUGUCCCUCAACCACAAAAUCAAAUAU